AUGUCUAAUAGAUUCCAGAAAAUAUCUUAAGAGCUUGUAGCUAAACAUAAAGUUGAUAAUCCAACAAGAGAGUAAAUAACAAUUUCAUUAAAUUAGUUAGUUUUAAAAACAAUAUAUUUUUAAUUUUCAGUAAGUACAAGAGGAGUGA